CAAGGUGAUUAUCUUGAGGGAAACGAGAAAGCAUGUAUUAUGUUGGUGCGACUGCUUUAGCUGACAAUCGACCGACAAGUCGGCGAGUGAAAUUCUAUGAACAUAUCACCGAAUCUUCCUAAUUUUAUUGAAUUGCAUCAAAUUCAACCGCACAGAAGCAAGGAAUCCGCGGUGGUUUUGAGUUUUUCGCCACACAAGCUUGACAAUGUCAUCGAAUAUGGCGUGGCAGCCACAAGAGGAGGGCUUGAGACAAAUUUUGCAGCUUUUAAAGGAGUCGCAGUCGCCUGACAAUGUUACUCAACGAGCAGUGCAACAAAAAUUGGAAGAGUUGAACAAUUUCCCAGACUUCAACAACUACCUAAUAUUCGUCCUUACUAAACUCACAAGUGAAGAUGAACCAACCCGAUCUCUUAGUGGGCUCAUUUUAAAGAAUAAUGUUAAAUCCUACUACCACAAAUUUCCUCCUGAAGUCACAGAAUUCAUCAAGCAGGAAUGUUUGUCGGCUGUUGGCGAUCCUUCCCCGUUGAUACGAGCCACUGUUGGAAUCUUGAUCACCACCAUUGCUUACAAAGAAGAGUUGGUCCAUUGGCCUGCUUUGCUUCCAGCUUUGUGUCAAAUGCUAGACUCGCACGACUACAACGUUUGUGAGGGAGCUUUUGGCGCCCUGCAGAAGAUUUGCGAGGACUCAGCAGAACGACUUGACAGCGACGCCUUGAACCGACCACUCAACAUUCUAAUUCCAAAGUUUCUACAGUUUUUCCAACAUAACAGUCCAAAGAUCAGGUCUCACGCCAUCGCAUGCGUCAAUCAGUUCAUCGUCGGGAGAACCCAGGCGCUGAUGGUGCACAUCGACUCCUUUUUAACAAGUCUCUUCCAUUUGGCCACGGAUGAAGAUCCUGAGGUAAGGAAAAACGUGUGCCGCGCUCUGGUCAUGCUGCUUGAAGUGCGAAUGGAUAGAUUGAUUCCGCACAUGCACAACAUCAUCGAGUACAUGCUACUGCGAACCCAGGACCCCGAUGAAACGGUUGCGCUUGAGGCCUGCGAGUUCUGGCUGUCGCUGGCUGAGCAACCGGUGUGCAAGGACGCGCUUGCACCUCAUUUGAAUAGACUUGUCCCCGUUCUCGUGCGUGGAAUGAAGUACGCUGAGAUUGACAUCAUUCUAUUGAAAGGUGACGUGGAAGAAGACGGAAUGGUGCCGGAUAGAGAAGAAGACAUUCGGCCUCGGUUUCACAAGUCGCGGACGCACACCAUCAAGCACGCGGAGGAAAACGGAGAAGGCGAGGAGGAUGACGACGAUGACGUGCUUGACGACGACAACUCGCUGUCUGACUGGAAUCUGAGAAAGUGCAGCGCGGCUGCGUUGGACGUGCUUGCCAACGUCUUUCAUGAGGAAUCGCUGCCUGUGCUGGUGCCUAUCCUGAAAGAGACGCUCUUCCAUCAGGAGUGGGAGAUCAAAGAGUCCGGCAUCCUGGCACUCGGGGCCAUUGCUGAGGGCUGCAUGCAGGGCAUGAUCCCCCACCUGCCAGAGCUCAUCCCCUACCUGAUAAACUGCCUAUCAGACAAGAAGGCUCUAGUCCGAGCCAUCACCUGUUGGACCUUGAGUCGCUACUCGCACUGGGUAGUCACCCAGCCUCACGAGCAGUAUUUGAAGCCACUCAUGACUGAGUUGCUGAAACGAGUCCUGGAUGGAAACAAGAGGGUGCAGGAAGCAGCCUGCUCAGCCUUCGCCACCCUGGAGGAAGAGGCAUGCACCGAGCUGGUGCCAUAUCUGGGAUUCAUCUUGGAAACGUUGGUUUUCGCAUUCAGCAAGUACCAGCAUAAGAACCUGCUGAUCUUGUACGACGCCAUCGGCACCUUGGCUGACUCUGUUGGUCACCACCUCAACAAGCCUGACUACAUCAACCUGCUGAUGCCUCCCCUCAUCCAGAAGUGGAACGUCUUGAAAGACGAAGACAAGGAUCUCUUCCCGUUGCUCGAGUGUCUAUCGAGCGUAGCAACGGCGCUGCAGUCCGGAUUCCUUCCCUACUGCGAGCCAGUUUACCGGCGAUGCGUGUCGCUGGUCGAGCAGACGCUGAACCAGCACCUUGCCAAUACCCAGAGUCCAGAGCAGUACGAGGCUCCAGACAAGGACUUCAUGAUAGUGGCGCUUGACCUGUUGUCUGGACUGGCGGAGGGCCUCAAUGGCCAUAUAGAAAAGUUGGUGGUCAACUCAAACAUCAUGCCGCUGCUCUUCCAGUGCAUGCAAGACCCUAUGCCUGAAGUGCGGCAGAGCUCCUUCGCCCUGCUUGGCGAUCUCACCAAAGCUUGCUUCCAGCACGUCGAGCCUUGCAUUCCUCAAUUCUUCCCUAUUCUGGCGCAAAAUUUGAACCCUGAAUUCAUUUCUGUGUGCAACAAUGCCACCUGGGCGAUUGGAGAGAUUUCUAUAAAAUUAGGAGGUGGUACUAGCAAUUACAUCCCACUGGUUUUGGACCAACUAGUAGUUAUCAUCAAUAGGCCUAACACCCCGAAAACCCUAUUGGAGAAUACAGCUAUUACUAUUGGCCGGCUAGGGUAUGUGUGCCCUCAUGAGGUGGCUCCUCUGUUACAACAGUUUGUGCGGCAGUGGUGCACUUCGCUGCGCAACAUCCGAGACAACGAGGAGAAGGACUCUGCCUUUCGGGGUAUCUGCCAAAUGAUCACAGUCAACCCGGCCGGAGUCGUGCAGGACUUCAUUUUCUUCUGUGACGCGGUCGCCUCCUGGAUCAGUCCUAAGGAAGACCUAAAGGAACUUUUCUCAAAGAUCUUGCACGGCUUUAAGAACCAAGUCGGCGAGGAAAACUGGAAACGUUUCUCAGACCAGUUCCCUGUUCAGCUGAAAGAGAGGCUUACAACCAUGUACGGCGUGUGAAACGCCUUACCACCUUUGGAGGACACAGUCGCUGCUCCUCUCCGUCGUACGGUAGGGAAUCUCGGGCGGGAGGGUGGGUGGGUGAAACCACUACUAAUUUGAGUACACACACAACUACAAGACGAGCUGCAGGGAGGGGGGUGCUACUUAUCGCGGGCCUGUUUUAUCUCUCACUUACGCAGCAGCGUGAAAGCAACCAACAAUCGAAAAAGAUGGCUCUGAAUAAAUGAACAAAAUGAAAAAAAACUCGUGUAUCGUAGCAAGAAAGAAGGUGGUUGCGCGCUGCCGACUCGCGGGAAUCAAUUCGACCUCGGGGGCUUGUAAUUCAAAACGACGGGCGAUUAUAUUUUCCGGGGAACCAAUAAACAGUGUAACGCAAGACGAACUUAGAGCCCACGCAGAGAAAAUGCUGCAGAAACAAAAGUACCCAGCAUAUCACAAAAUUAUUGUCAGAACGUACUGUGUUUUGGUAGCAAAGCGUAGGGGUAGAAUCGUUGUUAGACAUCACCUCUUCCAUCUUUUUCCGAGCGCAAUCCGCAUCUAUUGUUCUCACCGCUGUCCUACAUACUACUUUCAUUUCUGUUUUACGUUGUUGGCAAGUACACGCAGUAGUGUUCCUGCCUCUUACAACGGCUGGUUCCUGCUCAAUUGUAAUUAAUUAAUAACUACUCUGCAUGCCUGUUAGGACCAAUGUUUUCCAAGACCCGAACCAGUGAAACAUCUGCUAAUUAUUGCGUCCUCUGCGCACGUAACCUCAAAACUUGCUGGCGUUGCUGUUCAUCUUUUCAAGUAGUAGACUCAAGUUGGCAAAACUUACUUUUUUUACGAUCGAUUAGGUGCUCUGUUUGAUUAAGUACGGAUUUAUUUUUGUUAUUUAUUGUAAGUAUGAUGACGAGAUUGCUUUGACAGCAAUUUUUAAAUAUUUUUUCGCACUCGAUAGGCUGUUGAAUAAAUGGGGGGACUGAUUUUUAUAGUACAUUGUUAUAAUGAUUAUUGUGAGAUGAAGAUAUGAACCAACUUUUUAAACAAUUUAUAAUUAAAAGAACUGCUAAUGUUAGGGAUUUAAUAAUUCUUUAUUGUGAUGAUAGGUUAAUAAAAGAAGAAAUGAAGAACGGAUGAAGUAAUUAAAAACGACUUAAUAAAGUAAAUGUUCACUGCAACUGAGGGGAAUAAUGUUAAAUGCUACUGAGAUGUCUAUUCGAAAGAAAGUCUUUUUGUUACAUGUUAUUAUUAUUGUAUUGAGAAGCGUUCUUAGGCUGUUGUCAGGGACUUCUUGUAGUCACCUCUCGUAUAAUUAUUAUUUGCCAUUGUCCGCCAACUUGCUAUCCACAAUCCUGACGAAAUUUGACCAACGCCGCAAGUUAGUGUAGCUAGCUCAGUGUGACGAGUUUCCGCCUAAUUUUCGACUAAUUCGCUCCCACGUCGGCAAGCAAUAUCGAGACAUCUCCGAACCGACCGAGCCCGAAAUUGAUUGAAAAUAUAGGUGUCGACCUUUUCACAUGUUUUACUCAUUAGUGCUUUGUUUUAUGUUAAAAUUGUUCAUCUAGCUUGAAUAAAUUUCCAGUGUCAAAUCCUUUA